UCAAGCGCACUAGAAAAAGAAAGAGCGUCCAUCGUAGAGGCCACACAACGAAUAUCCAAAUUGCGCCUCAAAAGACACAACCCGCCGACUCUCCUGUUCCUGUGACCUUGGAAACAGACCUGUUCCACCUGACCCAGUCCAUGAAGGUCUUCAGGUUGGCUUUUAGCCUAUAGACCAGCAGCUCACCAUGAGCUUGGAAAGCGCCGUGGUCACGCAUGCGCCGGGGAGCUUCGGAGCGUGUGAAUCAUCGCCAGCAUCAGCAGCGGGGAUGCGAGCGCCAGAGUGAUGGGACGCAAGUGAAGUACCAGCAGCACCGCGUCACUCUCCAGGCAGGUCAGGACAGGUGUGAAGGAUGGCGUCCUGCUCUGAGAUCUGUGGCUCGGAGUACCAGAGUGGUGCGGUGAAUGGGCACCAGUAUGGCGUGCGCUCCUACCUCCACCAGUUCUACGAGGAGUGCACCGGCUCCCUGUGGGACCGGGAGGCCGACUUCCAGACCCAGAGAUCGCCCAAUCGGUGGAGCUCGGUCCUCUGGAAGGUCUGCGUCGUGCUCGGUGGCCUGAUCAUGUUGGCCGGCCUGGUGGUGCUGUUCGUGGGCUACGCCACGCCGCCGCGCAUCGAGGCCUUCGGCGAGGACGAGUUGCUCUUUGUGGACGAGCGCGCCGUGCGCUUCAACCGCGCCCUGGACGCCUGCAAGCUGGCCGGAGCCAUCCUCUUCUGCGUCGGGGGCGCGGGCACGGCCCUGGGGCUGCUCCUGGCCGCGUUCACGCAGGCGGGCGCCUCCAAGGAGGAGCAGCAGAUACAGCAGCGCUUCCGCGACCGGCUGGCCGAGCUGCAGUCGGCCAUCCACCCCGUCACGCGCGCGCCCACGCCGGGGGACGCCAAAGUGCCCGUCACCCUGUCCAGGGUGCAGAGCGUGCAGCCGGGAACGGGAACCUGACCGGAUCGGUAGAACACUAGAACUACACACACACACACACACACACACACACACACAGACACACGCACAGACACACACACUAACACACACACACACACACACACACACACACACAC